CGUGAGGGAAGGACCUCCUGCUUUCCCCAUCACAGGGAGGGGGCGGAGCAUCCUCUAAAAGCUUGGAAGCGAGCUGUGCCCGGCCAGUCUUGGGGGAGGAGCCGCAAUACACACACACUUCGGAGGCUUCCGCUGAAGAGAAGCAGCUUGGAGCCUACGUUAAUAUCAGAGAUGCGCAUGACCUUGAGAAUCUGCAUGUGAUGCCAGUUGAGCCCCAGAAAGGCAGUGUGACCAUAGAAGCGUCGAACAGGAAGAAAGCUCUGCUGGACAAGCAGUUGGAGUGAGAAUCAAAACAACCAGACACAGGGCCGGACCUUCCACGAUCCACGUGACACUGGGGAAAGGCCCCCUGCUUUCCCCAUCACAGGGAGAGGGCGGAGCAUUCUCUGAGAAGCUUGGAUGUGAGCUGUGCCUGGCCAGUCUUGGGGGAGGGGCUGCAUUUCAUGAGGCUGCAGCUGACAAGAAGCUUCAAGCCUAAAUUAAUGUCAGAGAUGCACAUGACCUUGAGAAUCUGCAUGUGAUGCCACUUGAGCCCCAGAAAGGCAGGGCCAUCACAGAAGUGCUGAGCAGGGAGAAAGCUCUGCGGGACAAGCAGUUGGAGUGAGAAUCAAGACAACUGGAAUACAGGGCCAGACCCUCCACGAGCCACGUGCCAUUGGGAAGGGGCCUUCUGUCUUUCCCAUCACAGAGAGGGGGUGGAGCAUUCUCUGAGAAGCUUGCAAGUGAGCUGUGCCUGGCCGGUCUUGGGGGAGGAGCUGCAUUUCACCAGGCUGCAGCUGACAAGAAGCUUCAAGCCUGUCUCCUUUUGGAGUGAGAAUCAAGACAACCGGAUCACAGGGCCAGACCCUCCAUGAUCCACGUGACAUUGGUAUCUUCCAUAUUGUCCCAUUCAAACAACGUGUUCAAGCAUCCUUGGGAAAUUGAGCUGGAGGAGAACAGGCCACACAAGGUGUAAACGUUUUUUAGUUCUAAGACUAAAAGAGACUUUGGUAAGAGUAUUGUUUUUGGUAGGAACUGCCUUCGCAGUGACAAGAAUAGCCAGAUACCUCAAUCUCUGAUAAUAACUUCUUGGCAUACAAAUCUAAAUCAUAAUGGAUGCCGAGUAUGUCCUGUGCAAUUGGAAAGACCAAUUAUGGCCAGCAAAAGUUCUGUCCAGAUCUGAGACUUCAUCAAACAGUAAGAGAAAAAAGACAUUUUCCCUAGAAGUUCAAAUACUCUCCCUAGAUGAAAAAAUUCAAGUGGAAAGCACAGAAACAAAGAUCCUAAAUAAAUCUAAAAUUGAAGCCAUUGCCUCCUCACUAGCAGCGCAGUCAGAGGUUGGUGCUCCACCUAGAGAGGAAACGACCUAUGAAAGGUCACUAAAAGUGGCACUGGAUGUUCUGAAUGAGAGAACAAAUUUGAGUGAAGCAAGCAGUUCAGAUGAAGAAGAGACCACUACACUGUCUGAAAACGUACAAGAAAAGCUUUCCAAUUCACCCCCGCGUAAAAAAUAUCGGAAGCAUGAAGGAGACUUACUGAAGCGUCUUGAGGAAAGUGAAAAUCCAACCUCUCUGUUAGUAUCUUCAGACAAUGAUGAUUCCCUGCAAGAGGAUAAAUCACAUGCACAUGCCACCAUUGAUACUAUUCCGAGUGAAAUGGAAACAAAGUCAUCACAGAACUCCAGCUGGUACCAAACUUUCCCCUCACUUUCAGAAGAUGAUGAUGAAAAGGAGAACAAGAAAAAGAUUGACAUCUCAACAGUUAUGUCUUUGCAUUCCACAAUCAAAGAGGAGGGUGCAUGUGUUAAAGACGAAAAGUUCACUCCAACUUUGCCAUCAGAUAUCUUCACUGUGCCCAAAGAAUUGAAAGGGGAGACACAGGUAAUCUGCCCAGAGACUAUACCUACUUCCUCUGAAUGCCCUACCGUCUCAGAGAAUAUUGAAGAUCCUGGAGAGGGUCCCUCGAAUCCAUGCUCAGAUACCAGCCAGAAUCAACCUAUUGUGGAAUCAGAGACAGGUGCUGUGGCAUCCCCCGGACCUUGUUCACUGGAAUGUCAGGUUUCACUUAGUGCCUCUAAUCGUGUCCUGGAUUAUUCAGUCCUUCUUGUGGAUAAUGAAAGAAAUCUUCAGAGAUUGGAUUUUGAGGAACUUGGGGAAGAACCUCAAGCUUCUGACAAGUCAGUGCAUCUAAAUCCUAUUGAUGCUUCUGUAUUUGAUGACAGUGAGGAAGAUGAAGAGCUUCCACGCUUUGUUUUUCAUUAUGAGCCACGUUCAUUUGAAACGGGAAUGAUAGUCUGGUUUAAAUAUCAGAAAUAUCCAUUUUGGCCAGCAGUGGUAAAAAGCAUCAGGCGAAAAGAGAAAAAAGCAAGUGUGCUUUUUGUUGAGGCAAACAUGAAUCCUGAAAAGAGAGGCAUUAGAGUGCCUUUUAGAAGAUUAAAGAAAUUUGAUUGUAAAGAGAAACAAGCACUAGUGGAUAAAGCCAGGGAGGAUUACAGCGAAAGUAUUGACUGGUGCAUCUCGCUCAUUUGUGACUACAGAGUUAGAAUAGGUUGUGGUUCUUUUUCAGGCUCUUUCCUUGAGUAUUAUGCUGCUGACAUUAGUUAUCCAAUUAGGAAAGUACUCAAACAGGAUACCUUCAGGAACUUAUUUCCAAAGCUACAUAAUGAAGAUUCUGUGGAAUCAAUGGUUGUGACUUCCCAGACCAAGAAAAUGUCCUUCCAGAAAAUUCUCCCUGACCGAAUGAAGGCUGCUCGGGACCGAGCCAACAAGAACCUAGUGGACUUCAUUGUGAAUGCCAGGGGAACAGAGAACCAUCUUCUAGCAAUUUUAAAAGGCACAAAAGGCUCCAGGUGGCUGAAAGCAUUUUUGAAUGCAAAUAGGUUCACGCCCUGUAUUGAAACCUACUUUGAGGAUGAAGAUCAGUUGGAUGAGGUGGUGAAAUAUUUACAAGAAAUCUACAAACAAAUAGACGAAAGAAUGCUGGCUCUGAUAAGAGACGAUAAAAUUAAAUUUAUCCUAGAAGUGCUUCUGCCAGAAGCAAUCAUUUGUUCAAUUUCUGCUGUUGAUGGAUUAGAUUACGAGGCAGCUGAAGCAAAGUAUCUAAAAGGACCAUCUCUAGGAUACAGAGAAAGAGAAUUAUUUGAUGCAAAAAUCAUAUCGGAAAAGAGACGGAAACCAUUAACAAGUGAAGCUCAUUGAAUCUCCUGAAAGUCCGAACCAUAACAGGGAGCUUUCGUAGAUACUAGUUUUGAAAAAUCGCUGAACGUUUCUGUCUAAUACGUAUUUUCCAGAAAUGUGAGACUUCAGGUAAUAUGUUCACUUUUUUUUGCAAUCUCUAACAUCUGUAUUACUACAUCUUCAUUUCCUUUGCUUAUGCUUCUUCAAAGUCAAUUUUAUUAACAUAUUUCAGCAGUUCUGCUUUCCCGUACAUUUGUAGAAUGCAUAGUUCCUAAAUGAGUCUUAAGGGAAAGUACUAUUUUGUUUUUUGACAUUUUUGUGUCUAUGCUGUAUAGUUAAAUAGAGUGUGCACAAUCAUUUUAAUAUUAAAAUUGCACUGGUAUUAGAUAUUAAGCAAGAUAAUUAGAAAAAAGUCUAAAAAAUGUCAAUUAUAUAUUUUUUGCUUAAUUUUUAUAAAAUAUUGGGUUUUCUCUUAAGAUAGUUGAAUUAUUUUUCCUGCCAUGCCUAUUUAUUUUUGGAAAAAAUAUUUCUGAGACAUAGAACCAAAGAUAGAGAUGCUUUGCUAUAUAUUAUAGCUAACUGCAGUUGCUUUUGCAAAAAAAAAACCCUGGAAUUCAAAAAUAAAGUAAAUGGAUUGCCUGCAUGCAAUCUAUAUGUAUGCGAGUAACAUCUCAGCAUGCAGAAAAUAAUUUUGGCAGCAUUGAACAGGAUUGUUCAUUCUAUGCUCCCCUGAAAUUCCACUUAUGGGAGUGUCUAUUAUUCAAUAGCUGAAUGGUUUCUUAGAACAGACAGACUUUUGGCUGUCUUCAUAACUAAGAGUGACUGUAUCUUAAUAUAGCCGUCUGACCACAUAUGGAAGGCAGCUAGAGUUAUUGUAUUCAAGGUCUGGCUACUCUAGAUAUGAGUUCAGGCUGACUGUUUAAGAGUCCAUCUUGUUUGAUAUAAACUGUAGAAAAUGCAAGCACUUUGUUUUGAGUCUUGUAUCUCCAAAUACAUAGUUAUUUGUUUCAAACCAAGCAAUCUUUAUCAUCUGGCUUAUUUGUAAAAUAGUUCCAGUUAGUUCCAAUAAUACAAGUGCCAACUGGUAAGUCAUUCCAGGCUACUAGAAAGUAUGGAUGGACCAGAAUCUGUGAAUUUGGAAAUGGGCCACAGAAAAAGCCUCCAUCUAGCCAGAUAUGACAGUUAUCCAAAUGUGUUUAAAAAUACACAAUUAAAACUUAAAGUCUGAAGCAAAAAAAUUGUUUAUUCUAACUUGAAACAAGACUUUAGUGAGAAUAAAUGUUAGGAGAGCUACUUUAUUUUAAAAACUUGACAUAAAAAUAAAUGAUAAAUGCUUAACAUGAACCUGUCUGCAUUUUUACUCUUAAGAGUGAGACAACUAUCACUCUCGGGCUUUUGUUAUGUGUUCACGUGGCUACAUGUUUAUGUAAAAUUUUCAAAAGUUCAACGUUUUGAUUUUUCUUUUGCCUUCGAUGUUCACUUCAUCAUACUUCACACUGUGCAGCUACAUAAGUGCUGUUUCUGUAGAUUUAUGUGUGUGUGUGUGUGUAUACACAUACAUAUAUAUAUAAUUUGCUCAGAAUUUUUGCUUGUUGUAGUUGUCAUUUUAAUGCUUGUUACAUAUUAUCAUUCUAAAUAAAUAUUUGCUUUCAUGA